AAUGACGUUUUGGAACUAGCAAAAGAGUCGUUGGAUGAGAUGCGGAAGAAAUAAUCCUACUCACAAUAGCGAUUUAAGUGACUGAUAUGAUGCAGAAGGCACUCUUUGAUUUUCUUAAACACAAGUUUGAAGGCAGGAUAUCUAUCACUCGGGUGACAGCGGACAUCUCCCUGGCCAAACGCUCUGUGCUCAACAACCCCAGCAAGCACACCAUCAUCGAACGCUCAAGCACGCGCUCCAGCCUGGAUGUUUUGGCUGAGGUACAGAGUGAGAUCGAGCGCAUCUUUGAGCUGGCCCGCACACUGCAGCUAGUGGCCCUAGAUGCUGACACCAUCAACCACCCAUCCCAGCUGGCCAAGACCUCUCUGGCCCCCAUUGUGGUCUACAUCAAGAUCUCCUCCACCAAGGUACUGCUCACGCCUCCUCCCCCUUACCUACUGUAUAUGCAAUUCUGUAGGAGGUGGACAGGUGCCAAACACGAAAAGGCUCAGUGAUUGCAUCAUGCUAAAUGUUCUUACAGACUUACUGUUCUGAGAUGACAGUAAGCAAACCAAACCAUUUAUAGAGGCAAAGCGUACUUUAUUAAUGGUAAAAUCAUCUUUACUGAGUGCUAUUGACUUGAUCAGCUUUGGUGCACAUUAUUCCAAUGAGAAGCAUCCGAGAGUUUCUGAGAUUAGAAAGGAAAACAGCCUUUAUCCAAAAACGGAGCAAAUCUAAAAGCAAUACCCCGGUCCCCCAGCUAAAACCAUACCAAAAUAUACUACUAGCACCUCCUUCUACAGCAGUUAGAGAAAACAUUUGUUGUAAUGAAGUGAA